GGAGGUGGCGGCGGCGGCGGCGACGGCUGUCCUGAUGACCGUCCCUCCCUGUGGGGCCAGGUCGGAGGUGGCCAGUUCCACGUGGCAAUGAUUUCCGGAAGGGUGGACGGCGAGGGAAGCAUCCCUGACCUCUACUCCAUUUUCCGAGGGGAGGUGGCCUCUGUGAAGGACUACGGUGUCUUUGUUCGCAUCCCGGGCUGCAGGAAGCAAGGCCUGGUCCACCGCACCCACAUGUCUUCCUGCCGCGUGGACAAGCCCUCCGAGAUGGUGGAUGUGGGAGACACCGUAUGGGUCAAGCUGAUUGGCCGGGAGGUGAAGGAUGACAAGGUCAAGCUGUCCCUGUCUAUGAAGGUGGUCCACCAGGGAACCGGGCAGGACCUGGACCCCAAUAACGUGGUCCUCGACCAGGAGGAGAGACGCAAACGCUCCUUCAAAGACUUCACGGGGCAGAAGAUCACUCUGGAGGCUGUGCUGAAUACGGUGUGCAAGAAGUGUGGUUGCAAAGGGCACUUUGCGAAGGACUGUUUCAUGCAGCCCGGAGGGCCCCGCUACACCCUGGUCCCUGAGGAGGAAGAGGAGGAGGAAGAGGCAGCCGGGGAGGAGCCGGGCCCAGGGAGGCCGGACCAGGCGCCCAGCGCGUCCAAGAAGAGAAAGAAGGAGAAGAAGAAGAAGAAGAAAAAGAAGACCCACAAGCAUCAGAAGUCCUCUGACUCGGAGAGCGACGCCAGCCCCACGGAGAGCCGACAGCACAAGAGGAAGAAGAAGAAACACCAUCACAAGGAGUGAGGCCUGAGGCUGCGGGAGGAGACGGGAGGGGGCGGGAAGUGCCACACACCCAUCUGACUCAGCAGGCCCCUGCGGCCUGACUGUCCCCAUCCCACACCCUCUGUGGGGUGGCCUAAAACAGGGUCAGUGCCUGCUUGGAUGCCUUGCGGCACUCCACCCGGGGCUCUGAUGUUUGCCCGUCCGGGACCUGGCCGCUGGCGAUUAUUGUCCGUGCUAGUGCCCCCCCCACCCCGCAGACCUAGCCUGGACCCGGCCGCCCAGCUGCAGGAGGGUCGGGGGUGGGGGGCGCUGCAGGAGAGUAUGGGGUGGCCCGGCCUCACCAAGACUUAGGCCGUGCAUCUUGGCUUAAAACUGGUGGAUUUCAGUGUGGA